AGAAACGAUGGCAGGCCUGGUUCACCAAAUUGACGGAUACAGAGGAUCCCUGGUUCCCAAAGCGGUUGUUCCCCAUUCUUAAACCUUCCACGACCCUCUCCUCACUUCCGGCCUGCUUCCACUCUUCUCCGUCAGGAUUUCGUUCCAGAAAUCGAAGGAUGAAGAUCAUUCCGGUGGCUUGCUUGGAGGAUAACUAUGCCUACCUGAUCGUUGACGAGAGCACCAAGGCGGCGGCGGCCGUCGACCCGGUGGAGCCGGAGAAGGUGCUGGCGGCGGCCAGCGAGGUCGGCGCCUACAUCGACUGCGUCCUCACCACCCACCACCACUGGGAUCAUGCUGGUGGCAAUGAGAAGAUGAGGCUGCUGGUGCCAGGGAUUAAGGUCUAUGGGGGAUCCAUGGACAAUGUUAAAGGCUGCACUGAUCAGGUGGAAAACGGAACUAAGUUAUCCAUUGGGAAGGAAAUUGAGAUACUGUGCCUACAUACGCCAUGUCAUACAAAAGGUCAUAUUAGCUACUACGUUACUAGCAAAGAGGAGGAAGACCCAGCAGUAUUUACUGGAGACACCUUGUUCAUUGCUGGUUGUGGGAGAUUUUUCGAGGGUACGGCAGAGCAAAUGUACCAGUCCCUUUGUGUUACACUGGGCUCGCUGCCUAAGUCAACUCGUGUUUACUGUGGCCAUGAGUACACUGUAAAGAGCCUACAAUUCAUGCUGACAGUCGAGCCAGAGAAUGAAAAAAUGAAGCAGAAACUGGAAUGGGCUCAAAAGCAGCGUGAGGCAAAUCAACCGACGGUUCCCUCAACUAUAGGAGAUGAGUUUGAGAUAAACACCUUCAUGCGUGUUGAUCUGCCUGAAAUACAGGCAAAAUUUGGUGCCAAGUCGGCAGUUGAAGCGCUGAGGACGGUCAGGAACAUCAAGGAUACCUGGAAAGGUUGAUAAACGCAGCUGCCAUUCAUACUUGUAGGUGGCGUUUACAGCCGUGCGAUGCUUUGAGAGUGGCAACGAGCUACAUACGUGUUAAGAAGGUAAUAUGCCAGUGUUUCCUUUAAGAAAAACAUAAGAGAAAGGAGUCCAGUCUGCUAAUAUGCUUGGGUAGCAAUCAGAAAACAACUGUUGUGGCAUGUUAAUUACUACCGGUAUGUUAUUUCUUGGCAAAACAAAAAUAUAUGUUGGCCUGUGGCAGAAAGUCUUGUGUAUAUCUGAAGUCUGUGAUGGUUUUGGAACUUGCAUACAUUUGAUGAUGAGCAA